CCGCCUUUCAACAUAUACUGAUUAGCCUGAAUUUAGCACGCUGUGGGCCCCAACUUCGACUAUCCUUACCCCCCCCAUCCAGCUAUGAAGUUCUUACGACCUUUUGCACUACUUCCACUCUUCCUACAUGCAACGCUCGCCUUCCAAAUCUCGCUUAGCCCCUCUAUAGUGACAGUUGGUGUACCAGUCGUAGCAUCUUAUACGCAGGACACGGAUCCUAUCGCCACUGAGAUGAGGUUGGUGCUCAUAGAGCCAACGGCUCGGUCAAGUAAAUUUCCUACGGCGCCUGUGGAGUCUGGAUCGAGCACGAUUACAUUUGUGGCGAGGGAAACAGGGAUAUUUUGUUUGAUAGGCCGGAGUUCCGAACAUCCGACAGAAGGACAAAGUCACGAAUUCCAGGCUAUUAUUAUGGGCUCGGAUCCCGGUGCCAACAAUUCAAGUUUGACGACCACAGGAAGCGCUACCGCUGCGCCUCCAACUCCAGCAAGUUCAACUGCACUGACCACGUCUGAAUCAUCGGAUCCGGAGCCUACUACUAGUCAAUCCUUCUCAGGAUCCUCUUCUCCCUCGCAUAGAAGCCUGAGUCGGGGUGCCAUAGCUGGUAUCGCAGUGGGCGCAGCAACGGCGUUGAUUAUUGUUGUUCUCUCACUGUGGAUGUGCUAUCGCAGAAGAAGGGUGGCCGCUUCAUGGUCAUGGUCAUCUUCUGCAAUGCAACCCUUUACGCGAAGCAUUCCGAUCAAAGAAAGUCCUGAAAUAAAAUCUCAAGUAUCUCAAGUGCAUCAGAACGAGUCGAAUUCUUCGAGCGCGAUUCCGAAUCCACCUGUCAAUCCUAUUGAGCCAAACGUAUCACGGGUUCCUGCGAGCCGUGAAGUCAUUCAGCAUACGGAUAGUGGUUGGAGGCCACCUGUUUCCUCGGACGAUCAUCAUGGUCAGAGUCCGAUAGAGUUGCCUCCGGCAUAUGAAACUUCGAUAUAGAACGAAGUACUAGGUAUCCGGGGAACUAGAGGAAAUCUGGAGGUUCGGAAGGACUCAGACUCGAGUCGUCAACGGUAGUCUUAUCUAUACGACCCAAAGCGGAGUUCGAUCGACCUUGGUGCAUACUAACGACCUACCCGAGACCCAAUGUAUAAUACGAAACGCCGAAUGUGUAUUAUUAUUAGGAAUCUCAAUCCUUCUCAGUAUAUGUAUUUUAUUUAAUAUCAUGCUUCAGAUGAUAAUCGCAUUAACUUGCCCGAG